ACCCUUGACCCUCUCUCCGUAGUCGUCCACGACGAUGCCCUCAACCUGGACCACGCUGGAGGCACCGCUCAGGGCGUGCAGAGCGUUGAUCUCGUACAGGAACUCGUCCACCGUAUCGGGACCGGGGAUCUCCUUCUUGAUAUAUGGCUUGCCGUCCAGCAGGAUCCGGUAAACAAACCCCGACAGAUGGGCGUCAAAAUGGAGCUUAUACUCGGGCACCAGGCGGGCCCCGAGAUGCCGGACACUCGAGACGGGCGGGUAGGGAAUGAUCUCGUUGACGUCCUCGGUAACGUGGACGUGGAGGCGGCCGUCGCUCGUUUCGAGCUUGAGGUUCGUGACCGUGUCGUAGAACUGGAUCUCCGGGAGCGACUCACGGAUGGAUUCGUAGAUGCGGGCGCUCUUAUCGCGCUGGUAGUGCAAUUCCUUCAGGUCCUGCUCCAACGAGUCCGGCGGCGCGCCGCGAUAGUCGCAGGAAAUGGUGACUCGCCGCCAUCGAUUGGGGGUUUCGGCGUAGGUGACGAAGAACUUCUCGCGCUCCGACUUGUCCCGGAAGUGCAUGCUCAGGUUGAGGAUCCAUUUCUUCUCCAAUUCCGCUUCAAGCGAGUCCUCCCCGUCCUCGGGCCGGUCGUAGACGUCGUGGAGGUACGGCUCCGGGUCCGUAUGGGCGAGAUCACCGGCGGGAUCCGGCACGUCCUGAAAGCCAUCGUGCGCGGCCGGGCCCUCGUCCGGCACUGUCUCCUGGACAUCGUCACCGGCCCACGACUGGACCUCGGGGGCGGAGAGUCUGGCGGCAACGGAGGCGGGGGGUGGAGACGUCGUCGUCCGCUGGGCGCUGAGGGUCCGGCGACGUUCCGCGGAACGGGCGCGGCGGGGCUCAGGAUCGGCCGGGGCCAGACGAUCUCGUCGCUCGGAGGUCUGGCGUCUGAAGGUGGGAGGCCGGGGCAGGCCGACGCCGACCUUGCGGGACAGGCGGCGGGUGAGGUUGCUGGCGAGCGGUUUGCUGGUGCUGCUGCUGCGGCUGCGCGGGACGUCGCCGGGCGAGCUGGAGCGCGGGCUGUCGUCUCGAUGCAGCCAUCGUGCCAGUCCCAAUCGCUGCCACAUGCUCAGUUUCGGCGGAGGCGACGGGGGAGCCUUCUCAGGCUCGGGGAACAAACCGAAGAAGGAGCGCGACGGGCUGCCGGACGAGCUGGCGACGGAGAUGGCCAUGUGUCACUGUCCCGGAGGAGGAGAUCGGGCUGA